CACAACACUUCCUUAGCUUCUCUCUUUUGUUAGCUAAAAUCUAUAAAGCUAUAACGAUUUAACUCUAUGGCUCCCUUUACUAAAUUAUGUGUGAUACUCUCCAUUAUUUCUCUCUUUGCUUGUUGCACCAAUGCACAACUUGUUAAUAACUUCUAUGCAACAACGUGCCCUAGCCUCGAAACCACUGUACGCAAUACAAUGACCAGUGCUAUUAAAAACGAAUCCAGAAUUGGUGCUUCUAUACUUCGCUUGUUUUUCCAUGAUUGCUUUGUUAAUGGAUGCGAUGGAUCAAUCUUAUUAGAUGAUACUGCGACGUUUACUGGUGAGAAAAACGCAGCACCUAACAGAAAUUCAGCUAGAGGUUUCGAAGUUAUUGAUGCCAUUAAAACCAGCGUUGAAGCUUCUUGCAAUGCCACUGUUUCUUGUGCCGAUAUUCUAGCACUUGCAGCAAGAGAUGGAGUUUUUCUGCUUGGAGGACCCUCAUGGAUAGUGCCACUUGGAAGAAGAGAUGCAAGAACAGCAAGUCAAACUGCAGCAAACAACCAAAUUCCUUCACCAUUCUCUGACCUAUCUACCCUCACUUCAAUGUUUUCAGCCAAGGGUCUAACUGCAAAUGACCUCACUGUUCUUUCUGGUGCACACACCAUAGGCCAAGGAGAGUGUCGACUUUUCAGAACUCGCAUAUACAAUGAAACCAAUAUUGACCCAAACUUUGCCACCUUAAGAAAAACAACUUGUCCUUUAUCUGGUGGUGACACCAAUUUGGCACCUCUUGAUACUCUCACUCCAACUACUUUUGACAACAAUUACUAUAAAGAUCUUGUUGCUAAAAAAGGACUAUUCCAUUCUGAUCAAGUUCUUUUCAAUAAUGGAUCUCAAGACAGUUUGGUUACGAGUUAUAGUACUAAUAGUGCUACCUUUCUUAAUGACUUUGCUGCCGCUAUGAUAAAGUUGAGUAGAAUCAGUCCUCUCACCGGGACUAAUGGGGAGAUUAGAAAGAAUUGCAGACUUGUUAAUUGAUUUUCGAUUGAAGGGCAUAUUAGCAAAUGAAUAAAUAAUAUGUUACUUAAUGGGUAAAGUCAUAAAAGGUGGCAGGAUCUUGGACACAUUUCCAGUUAUAGUAUUGUUGUUGUUUUUUGGGGUCAAAUAGUAUAGUGAUAAUAAUCACAUCAUAAAUUUGGAGAAGAAUCGCAAGGUCUAUCAGGGGUUCAACAUAGCAGAUAUCCUUGGAAACAGUUAUCAACUAAACUGUAUUUACAGAAUUGUUGGUGCUUUCAUAAAUACAAUUAUGUUUGUAGUUACAUAAAUACGUAAAAGUUGAUAUUCA